AUGAGAGCAAACUAUCAUCAAAGUCAAAAGCCUGAGGCAGCUUUGCAACGAGCUCAUGAAUUUAUUUCUGGUCGUCGUCAGAAGCAAUGGUCACAAAUACAAGAACAAAUUAUGCUUAAGUAUGUUGAACUUUGCGUUAAUUUGCGUAACUCUACAGUAGCAAAAGAUGGACUUUAUCAAUAUAAAAUAUUGACUCAACAGGUUGCUGUAAAGUCGCUUGAGACUGUCUUGUUAGCUUUGCUUACUCUUGCUGAGAAAAAAACCUUAGAGGCACAAAAAUCUUCUAUUGAAAAGAUGGAAGAAAUUGAUGAUCUUGAUGUUGCGGAUACGCCAGAGAAUUUGUUAUUGUCGGUUGUGUCUGGUGCUGUUCCACAAGAUCGAAUGGACCGCACAGUUCUCAGUCCUUGGCUUCGUUUUCAAUGGGAUACUUUUCGCAAUUGUCUCGAUUUGUUGCGUAAUAAUAUUUAUGUUGAACAGAUUUAUCAUCAAAUUGCUCGUCAGUCUUUUGCUUUUUGUCUUCAAUACCAGCGACGAAAUGAAUUUCGUAAACUUUCGGAUAUGCUACGCCUUCAUCUUACACAAGUACAAAAAGCUCAACAGGCGCAAACAAUUCCAGCUCACGCAAUUAAAUUGACAAAUAUCGACUCGUUGACUCUUAUGUUGGAAACUCGUUUGUGCCAAUUAGACACUGCAAUAAAUAUGGAAUUAUGGCAAGAAGCCUAUAAAACUGCUGAAGGUUUGUUUUUAUUAUUUGAUGACCUAAAGUUGACUUUAGAUCUUCAUAACUUAAUGCAAAUUGGAAAGGAUAAGAAAAUCGCCAAACCCUCUAGUUAUGCUAAUUAUUAUGACAAGGUUGUUAUAAACUCGAUUUUUUAA